GUGCCUUUCUCUCUCUUCCCUCAUCUUUAUAUAAACCCGACCUCUUAGAUUGUCUCAGACCCACUUUACUUGACUGCAAGCUUCUGCCUCUCCUCCAUCAUUUUCUUGAAGGCUUCCAUUUUCAAUUUUUGAAGCUCUUAAAAUGGCAGCCUUUUCGUAUCAACACCCACCUUUUCUUCUUGACUCAGUUUUCUUGCCGAGUACUCCCAUUAAGAUGUCUGGUUUUAUGGAGGAAGGGAACACCACCACUUGUUUCUCUCAGUUUUUCCCUUCUGAAUCUCUUCAUGAGGUUCCUGCUGAUGCUAGGGUUCAUGAAAGUACGUCUCUUCAACACAGCUCAAAGGUUACUCUCAGUGACAAUGAGCCUUGUGUGACCCAGAAACUGAGCACAGACUCUUCGUCAGUGGUGGAUAGGCUUGAACUUGGUGAACAGGUCACCCAGAAGGUGGCUCCCAUAGAGAGGGAGAGGAAGAGGAAGAGCAGAGAUGGGUCUUCCUUGACUUCUGCUCAAUCGAAGGAUGCAAGAGAAGGGAAAGGAAAGAAGGCAAAGAAAGGCAGUGGUCUGGUGAAGGAUGGAGAAGAGGAGCAGCUCAAAGCAGACAAGAAGGAUCAGAAGAAAGCCUCUGAAGAGCCUCCAACCGGCUACAUUCAUGUAAGAGCAAGGAGGGGCCAAGCAACAGACAGCCACAGCCUUGCAGAGAGGGUAAGAAGAGAGAAAAUCAGUGAGAGGAUGAAGCUCUUGCAAGCACUUGUUCCUGGUUGUGACAAGGUUACUGGAAAGGCCCUUAUGUUGGAUGAAAUAAUCAACUAUGUCCAGUCCCUACAGAAUCAAGUAGAGUUCCUCUCUAUGAAGCUUGCUUCUGUGAAUCCUAUGUUCUAUGACUUUGGCAUGGACCUAGAUGCACUCAUGGUGAGGCCAGAGAGAUUGAGUGCAUUGACAUCACCACUGCCAUCUCUGCAACAAUGCAGUCCUUCCCAGCCCACAGCUUAUGCUGAUACAACCACCACCUUCACUGCAACAAAUAACUAUCCUGUUAUGGACACUUCAGCUUCACUUUUAUUUCACCAGGGGCAAAGGCUAAAUGUCUUCUCACAGGAUAAUGGUAGUCUAUUGUGGGAUGUGGAUGAUCAAAGACAGAAGUUCAUUAAUCCAUCUGGACUCAUCAGCAACAACUUGUGUUCUUUCAAUUAAAAUAAUAAACUGAGCUGCCCUACCAACAUCUGUGUGUGUGUGAGAAGGAUUUGGAAGAGAACUUGGGAGAAAAGAAACCUUAGAAGACAUGGAAUUGUUUUGUUCUUAGGAUGAGUUCCAAUGGAGGGGGCUGCUUCUUCUCAAAAGCUAUGAUUCCAUCAUUUCCAAGUCCAGUUGUUUAAAGGAGAAGGGUAUCUGAACAAUGAAUAAAGGGGCAGCAAAAUCAAUGGAGGAAGAACAGACACAAAAGGACAGUUAUAACCGACCAAAUAAGACCAGAUCUUUUAUAGAUCCCUUGUUCCUCUCCAAUUUGACUCCCAAAGUCUCAUGCACAAAUUCCAAGAGCCUGUGGUGGAUCAACCCUAGUCCUACAAACAUUACCAUUCUGAACAAAUAUUUAUAUAUAUGUAAUGUAUGUAAAAAAAAUAAUCCCAUGUAUGUCCUUCCAUGCAUUAUAAAUUUCAUUCAUUAUGGUUCUGUUAUUACAGUUA